AUGGAUUCAACGCAUCUCCUUUCCUCUCCGCUUGAGAUUCAAGAUCAAACACUAGUUGACCAUCAUAGUUCUUCUAUCGGCUCAUCUUUUCUCCAAAACCAAACCAACGUCCCCAAAGAAUUUCUUUGGCCCAAAGUUGAUUUAGUUAAUGCUCAUCAAGAGCUGUUGGAGCCACUUGUAGAUCUUGAACGCUUCUUUAGAGGUGAUGAAUUGGCGAUUCAACAGGCUGCCAAGGUCAUUAGGGCUGCUUGUCUAACCCACGGUUGCUUUCAAGUCAUCAAUCAUGGGGUUGAUUCCCACCUCAUCAAUGCUGCAUAUUAUCACCUCAAUCGUUUCUUCCAUUUGCCACUUAGCCACAAAUUAAGGGCUCGAAGGGCCACUACUGCUGGAUUAAACACCUUGAGCUAUUCAGGUGCACAUUCGGAUCGUUUCUCUUCGAAUUUGCCAUGGAAGGAAACUUUAACUUUCCGGUUCCAUGAGAAUCCCAAGGAAUCCAGUGUCGUAGAUUUGUUCAAAUCCAGUUUAGGAGAUGAUUUUGAAGAAAUGGGCAUAACAUAUCAAAAGUACUGUGAAGGAAUGAAGAGCUUAGCUCUAGCAGUGAUGGAAAUACUAGCAAUCAGCUUGGGAGUUGAUCGAUUGCACUAUAAAAAUUAUUUUCAGGACGGUGGGUCUAUAAUGCGAUGUAACUAUUAUCCGCCAUGCCCCGAGCCAGGACUUACCUUCGGCACUGGUCCUCAUUGUGACGCCACAUCUUUAACAAUUCUCCACCAAGACGAAGUUGGAGGCUUGGAAAUCUUUGCAAACAACAAAUGGCAGAUUGUUCGACCUCGUCAGGAUGCCCUAGUAAUCAACAUCGGUGAGACCUUCACGGCAUUAACAAAUGGGAGAUACAAGAGUUGCCUGCAUAGGGCAGUAGUAAACAGCGAGAGGGCGAGAAAAUCAUUGGUAUACUUUGUUUGCCCACGAGAAGACAAGGUGGUGAGACCCCCAGAGGAUCUUGUACAAGGUGAUCAACUCCCAAGAGCUUACCCUGAUUUCACAUGGUCCGAUUUCCUCCAUUUCACCCAAAACUACUACAGAGCUGACGCUCAUACUCUCCAUAGCUUCAUCAAAUGGCUCUCAUCUUCCAGCCCCAUUCAUCACAACCGUUAA